CAGAGAAAAAUCUGGGAGAUAUAUAGAGAGAGAGCUUCUCAUUAACACAGAGAGAAGCCAAAAGGAGCGGUUUUGGGUUUGCCCAGAAGACAAAGCAGAAAGUGGGUUUGUAACUGAAACAGACUGAUUAGAGAGAAAAAAGAGAAAUCUAGUCUAGAAAAGAAAAGGAAGGGAAAAAAGAAAAAAGAAAAAAAAAAAGAGAGCUAGUAGUACAGGCAGAGCACUAGCAAUAAUGGCUGCUUGCAUAACCGUCCUGUCUGUUUAGCCUUUUUCCCCUCUUUCUUGGUCUUGCUGGUCGCCAAUGGGGUAGGCUAUUAUGGUAAUACCAUAGUGCGUUGGAGAGGCUGUGGCUGCCCCUGUUUGAGCAUUUUUCUUUUUCGCAUUGCCUUUCUUUUGUUUGGGAUUCUAAAUUUCCAGUCUUGUACGGCACGGUGUCGUCGUCGUUGGCUCUGCUGGUUUGUGCUCUGUUUUGAAUGGCGCACAGCGAGUGUGACUCUUCAUCUAUUUCUCGUGCUACUGCCGAUACAGGUUUUGGAGGUGCUUUGUAUACAGAGCUAUGGAAGUUAUGUGCAGGGCCUCUGGUGGAUGUGCCCAGUCCUGGAGAGAGAGUGUUCUACUUUCCCCAGGGUCAUAUGGAACAACUGGAAGCAUCAACAAAUCAAGAACUGAAUCCGCAAAUCCCUCGGUUUAAUAUACCUUCGAAGAUCCUUUGUCGUGUGGUUAACAUUCAAUUACUGGCAGAACGAGAAACCGAUGAGGUUUAUGCUCAGAUCACUUUGCACCCAGAAUCAGAUCAAAGUGAACCUACAAGUCCUGAUCCAUGUGUACCGGAGCCUCCAAAACUGGCUACUUACUCGUUUUGCAAGAUUUUGACAGCUUCUGAUACAAGCACCCAUGGAGGGUUCUCUGUUCUUCGAAAGCAUGCUAAUGAUUGCUUGCCUCCUUUGGACAUGAACCAAGCAACUCCAACUCAAGAAUUGGUUGCCAAAGAUCUUCAUGGGUAUGAGUGGAAAUUUAAGCAUAUCUUCAGAGGUCAACCGCGGAGGCAUUUACUUACCACAGGAUGGAGUACAUUUGUCACUUCCAAAAGAUUGGUUGCUGGUGAUGCAUUUGUGUUUUUGAGGGGUGGUAAUGGGGAACUACGGGUUGGGGUUCGGCGUCUUGCUCGUCAACAGACUCCCAUGCCUUCAUCAGUGAUAUCUAGCCAAAGUAUGCAUCUUGGAGUGCUUGCAACUGCUUCUCAUGCUGUCAUGACCUCAACUCUCUUUGUUGUCUAUUACAAGCCCAGGACAAGCCAAUUUAUUGUUGGCUUAAACAAAUAUCUUGAAGCCAUCAACAAUAAGUUUUCUGUUGGCAUGCGCUUUAAAAUGCGAUUUGAGGGGGAAGACUCACCGGAAAGAAGAUUCACUGGCACUAUAGUAGGGGUUGGGGAUUUAUCUCCUCACUGGUCUGAAUCUAAAUGGCGAUCUCUGAAGGUUCAAUGGGAUGAACAUGCCACAGUACCAAGGCCGGAUAGGGUUUCUCCUUGGGAGAUAGAGCCAUUUGUAGCUUCUGUUCCGUUAAAUCUUGCUCAACCAGUUGUAAAGAGCAAAAGGCCUAAAACUAUUGAAAUUGCUUCAUCUGAAAUUACCACCAAUUCAACUGCUUCACCUUUCUGGUAUCAAGGGUCAAACCAGUCUGCCGAGCCAACUCAAUUAGGCAGUGUUGCUGAAGUCCAAAGCUCUGGUAGCCAGGCUGUGUGGCCCCCGAGGCAGAAAGAGAGCAAUGGCAGCAGCUACUCUAGCUCAAGGAUCUGUGCAGAGGGCAUCUGGCCUUCUUCUCCAAAGGUGAAUGUCUCUUUAAGCCUUUUUGCAGACUCACAAGAGGGCAAUAAGAAUAGUUCUAUGGGGUCUACACCACCUAGCUUCCCCUCCCCUCCUUCAAAACCUAGCAAUGGCCCGGUGCAUGACCAGCUGGAAACAGGGAAAAAGUCUGAGUCUUCUUCAGGUUUUCGGUUGUUUGGUUAUGAUGUGCCAAACUCAAUUACUGCCCGUCUCCGGGAGAGAGAGCCAAUGUUUACGACAGUGUGCUGUGGUGCGAAAGGACCUAUUCUGGCCGCUGCAUCAGAACUUGAUCAGGACCUGGAUAUUUCAAAAAUAUCAAAAGAACAGAUGCAAGUUGUAUCAGAGAUACCACCAAUCGAGACACAAAGCAAGCAGGGAUCCACUGUUUCAACGAGAUCUCGCACUAAGGUGCAUAUGCAGGGGGUUGCUGUUGGUCGUGCUGUGGACUUGACUGCAUUGAAGGGUUAUGAUGAUCUAAUUAAUGAGCUAGAGAAAAUGUUUGAGAUCAAAGGAGAGCUUCGUCCGGCAAACAAAUGGGCAGUUGUUUUUACUGAUGAUGAGAAUGACAUGAUGCUUCUUGGCGAUGAUCAAUGGCAAGAUUUUUGCCGGACUGUGAAGAAGAUAUUUAUCUAUUCAAGUGAUUACGUACAGAUGCUAAGACAAGGCAAGCAAAAAAAUUCAGCAUUAGUGUGUCAGGAGACUGAAAACUAAAUACAUUUCCUUUUUCAUUGUGGUUUUUAUUUAAGCUAGUUGGUAGUUGGGUUGCUCAUACUUUUGGAGCAUGAUCUGGGUUGACGAUUUUCAUGCCAGAAGCAGGGCAACCAGUUAAAUCAGUUUUAGUAGAUCUGUCAAGUGUGCGGUUGUGGUUAGCAUCAUUAGUAGGCCUGUAAAGAUCCAUAUAUAUGUUUGGGAUUUGGUGUUUA